UGUUUUAGUCACAUGUUCGCGAGUUCGCGCUACUUUCCCUCCCCCCAAUUGAACGGAACGUAAACGAAUUUUGGUAUCAACCGAGAGCAUCAUCAAUAGCAGUCACUUGAAGUUGAAAAGGAGUUGUGACUCACUUCGUUUUCGAGAUCACGUUGAGGUUUUAUUGAUAAUGCGUUGUGAUUGUUUUUUUUUUAUUCAUCAUGUCUGUGCCAGUUUCUAUCGGGUGUAGUGUGGUUUAAGUGAAAUUCAAUAUCGGAUCGAAAAAUGAUCUGCGACCAGUCGCAUGAAUCCCGAUGCAUCCGCUGAGGCUCUGAUAUUCGUUAGUGCUGUUAGUUGCAAACUAGUGUGAUAAUCAAAAUCGAUUUGUGCAAGGGUGUCAAAGGUUCAAACCCAAAUGACUUAUGUUUCGAUGAACGACAUCCCGCGGUUUUGAGAGUAUACUCGUUUUCCUAACUCCGCGCUGUUGUUUCGUGUGAAAACAGUGUUCAGUGAGUUCAGCUGUAGAAACGAGCAACAAAGAAAUCUUUGUUGGCCUGUUUUCGUGUCUAUUUUCGUUUUUAUAAAGCUAUCAAUUGCAGGAAAUAGCAAAAACAAACAUUAGCUAAGAAACUGCUCAUCGUUCAGUCUACACAUCACGAAACUCAAAACAACUCCGCUGCCGACUAAAUGGUGAUGUACCUAACGUAAUCUCGUCGGCUGUUCAGUGCAACUGAAACCAAAAUGCUGUCGUAACGAAACACCGCUUCGCAACGAACCAUAUCUCACCAAUGAAAAUGAGAGUCGGAGAGGAUGAGCUGCCAAGUCUAGAAUAUAUCGAGGAUCCUUACGUACCUAAACUAGACAACUGCAUCACACCAUCUCUUGAUGAUAUAAACGAAUUUAGUUUGGACGACCUUGGCGAUGAACAAAAUUGGCCUGAGGAAACCGAACUCUACCUGCGGUCUCUAACCCUAGAUCAAAUUCUAGGGCUACCCUCCGACGAUGAUCUCGAACCAGAUUUGGAGAUGCAAACGGUGGAAACGGAAUUUGGGCCGCCCCUCAACCAGGAAUGCUCCGGCAACGGAUCGACAGAAACCUGCGACACGGCGGACAGCAAAAUCGGAAUGAGACUGAUGAAAAGUAUAUUAGCUAAGAAAUUGCUCAGUAGUCGGAGCCAUAAGUUUAACUUUUUCAACAAAAGGAGAAUCCGGGACGUACGGGUGACAUUCAUAGACUUCUCCAAGCCCUAUCUGGCGAGAAUUUCAAGCAGGGAUAACUACAAAAGUUAUCUUAACAUUGGAAGUGCCAUAGACAAUUCUGGUAAAUUGUCAGACGAAUCUCCCGUAGGGUCGUCGAGUUCGGCGGAGAUUGCGCAGGAAUUCUCCGGGCUAACCGUCGAGGAGCAGGAAGCGCAGCGGGCAGAAUGGAGUCAGGAAUUGGCCCGAGUGGAGGAAGAGAUUGUUACUCUGCGUACGGUAUUACAGUCCAAAAAUCGACAUGCAAGUGAACUGAAGCGCAAGUUGGGCAUCACUGUGUGGAAAGAGAUCACCGAUGACGUCAGUCAAGGUCUCAAAAACGUUAAGGAGAGCAACGUUUAUCACACAGUCGAAACGAAAGUGGGUGAAAUCACGACCGCUGUCACAAGCGCUCCAAUCUAUCAAAAAACCGAAACAGCAUUCAAAUCAACGGCAGGCAAAACAACAUCCGUCCUCGGUGGGAUCACCAACAAAAUGACGCAGAAAAUCUCCGAAAUGAAACAAUCGGACUCGUUCCGAUCCUUUGAGGAGAAGGUCGGUUCUGCGUAUGAAAACGUUAAGUCUAAGGUAUCCUCUCGAUCCAGCUCGGUGCAAAGCUUGUCGGAUUUGACAAACGACGAGCGUCGAAGCUCGGUCACGACACCAACCGCGAUCCCAGAGGAGAAACCCAUUCCUUAAUGGCCAACCAGCUGUACAACAAUAGCUGCAAGCUCGCGGAGCCUCAGCAAGUUUCUCCGUUUUUUUGGCUACAUGUUUGUGGGGGUGACCGGAAUAAAUCGCCACAGUAAACAACUGCAACAGAAACAACCGCUUAGAAAAAGUGUAGUAGGCUAGAAAUAUUUGGCGCGGGAAAAACAUCAUGUGCCUCACAUUUCUAUUAUAAAUUUAUUCUCUUGUUCUCGUUUUUCGAAAUUUAUUCUGAGGACAAUGUAAUGGGGACGAAGUCCCCAUUUGGCGAGGAUAAGGAAUCGAGGCGGCCCAUGCCGCCAAGAUGACGCAAUCCGAGUCCACCGCCGACCCGCCGUCGGAAGCGGCGGUGUCUCGCACGCAAACCUGGGAUCCACUGAUUGCCCGGUUAGUUUGAAACAUAGGAUACGAUCCUUUAGCAAUGUCCGACCGAGCUCUAGCGAGCGUCGGACGGUAUACGUCUGCCCGGGGCGUUACGUUUGCCUGGGGCGAUACGUUUGCCCGGUUAAUUCUUGUUUUGAAAUACAAUACCGCGCCACAAUAUUUAUAGCCUACUACACAUUUUAUAAGCGGUGGUUUCUGUUGCAGUCGUUUUCUGUGGCGAUUUAUUCCGGGAACCGUUUGUGGGUAUUGAAAAUGAAGGAAGGAAGGUAUACCGUUGCUAUGUAGACCAUAACGCUAAAGACACUCUGUAGUUUUAUUAGGAUUAAUAAUCUAUACGAGACGAAUUUUUUUUUCGCAUAUACAAUAUUAACAAGUAUACCCCCCACAUCUGAACAUUCUAUCUGCGAUCGUUUUGGUUGAUGUGCGAAAUUGACCAACUGUCGCCAUUUGGGUAACGAACCAGAACAACAGUAAUAAUCUAGAUAAUAAAAGCAACAUUCGCUCUACUUUCGUCUCUUUGAAUAACUUUGAAUAGUCGCAUUAACACGCGAAACAUAGAAUUCUCCUAACUUUGAUUCCUUCAACGAGCGUAAAAUGAAGAAACUGAAUGUGCCUAACUGUAGUGUUCCUUUUGUCACAAACCUUUUUGAAUAGCAUUCUUCUAGAUUUCUCCGUUCAAACCAGAAGUGUGUACUUAAGCAAGUUACCCCGAAGCUUGCUAUCCACUGGUUAAUCAAUCCUAGCAUUUGUCGCUAAAUACUUCUACCUACACAAAUAUUUUCUACGCAAACAAAUUAGCCUAUAUAUUUGAUAUUUUUGAACAUAAAAGUUUAGCGAUAAAAAGAGUUAUUUAAACACUUUAUUCAAACGAAGCAUAGCAUGUGCUCAUAAUUGAUAAAGAAAAUAACAUUAUCUGUGCAUGGCAUCGAUACAUUCUGAAUGACAAUUAAA